GUUCUGCCCCAAAUUUUCCAACUGACAACAUCAUCAUCAUCAUGGUUCAUCCCGGUGCUCCCGUCGAACUCACUCCCGAGCAAGCCUUUGCUGCUUCCCUGCGCGGUCGUCUUGUGACCCGUGACUCGCCUGACUACGAGCAAAUCCGCGCAUCCUGGAAUGCCGAGCUCAAGAAGCAUCCCAAGUACAUUGUCCAAGCGAGGACCAACACGGACGUGAUUGCUGCCAUCAAGUUUGCCCAGGCCAACGACCUCGAAGUGACUGCUCGUUGCGGUGGUCACAGCCUGCGUUGCCUCGUCGACGAUGGCCUUGUCAUUGACCUGCGCCAGAUGAGCAUGGUUCGCGUCGAGGCAGACAAGAAGAUUGUCCACGUUGGCGGUGGCGCUCAGCUUGGAGAUGUCGACGCCGAGCUCUCUCUUCACAACUUGGUCGUCCCUGCUGGCAUUGUUUCGGACACUGGCGUCGGCGGCCUGGCUCUGGUCGGCGGCGUCGGCUGGAUGGCGCGCUCCUACGGCCUGACCUGCGACAACAUUAUCGGUCUUGAUGUUGUGACUGCGGAGGGCAAGCUGAUCCGUGUCACUGCGGACAACGAGUACAAGGACCUGUUCUGGGGCAUGAAGGGUGCCGGCACCGCGUUUGGCAUUGUCACCAGCUUCACCUUCAAGGCGCACGAGUUUGGUGCUGGAGCCGCGACUGUCUUUGGAGGCGCGCUCAUCUUCCCGUUCCCUCGAGCACAGGAGAUUCUGACCAAGUUCAACGAGUUUACCAAGACCAUGCCGGACGCUCUGGCUCUCUAUGCGGUUUGCGUGAAUGCUCCUCCCGGCCCUGUUGUCAUUCUCGAGUUUUGCUACAAUGGCAAAGAGGAAGAUGGCCGUCCGCUGGUCCAGCCCCUGAUUGAUCUGGGCCCGAUCAUGCAGGUUGGUGUUGGCACCGUCCCGUGGACGACCUGGCAGCGCGCCAAGGACACGCUCGCCCCCCAUGGUGGCAACUAUUACGAGGCCGGCCUCAACUUGAACGAGUUGUCGGAAGGCUUGAUCAAGACGCUGACCGAAGCUUAUGCCAAGUCGCCUUCCUCGAAGAACCUGUUCAUGAUUGAGAGCAACGGCGGUGCCAGGGCUCGCGUUCCCGUCGAGUCUGCCGCCAUUGCUUGGCGCCACGCCGCCUUUACUGUCGCCUUCAUUUCUGCGUGGGCUGAGGACUCUGAGGCGGAAGCCAACAAGGCAUGGCUGCGCGAAACACGCACCUCGCUCGUGCCAUUCCACACCGGCACCCUGUACGCCAACUUUUCCAGCGAAGGCACCGCAGUCGAGUCGUACGGCCAGCAGAUGCUUGCUCGUCUCGUUGAGCUCAAGCAAAAGUACGAUCCCACCAACUUUUUCCAUGUUACAACCUUUGGCAACCUGAUUGCUCCCAAGAAGUGAUGCGUCUCUGCUCUUCUCUAUCAAGGGUGGACGAAACCCUGUUGUGUGUAGUUUCGUGCAUGAUGGCCGACCUUUUGUUUUGUUUGAUAGAAGAAUCUGAGAGUUUGGUCCAA